GGUACACAUAAGGCCCCAGAGACUGAUUGGCACCGAAACGUCCCAUUCCCAACAACACCCACCGAGCUUUCCUGCCUCGCUCCCGCACGGCUGCCACCGCCCACCGCGGCGACGCCAUGCCCGCCGCCGGCCUCCGCCCGCUCGCCGUCGCCCUCCUCCUCCUCCUCUCCGUCGCCUCCGCCAACGCCAGGGUGGGCGACGAGUGCUCCGCCGGCGCAGGCUGCGGCUCGGGGCUGCACUGCGCCGCCUGCGGCGACGGCGGGGCCGGCGUCUGCGCGCGCGCCACCCCCGUCGACCCCCUCACGCACGGCACCGGCCUCCCCUUCAACAACUACUCCUGGCUCACCACGCACAACUCCUUCGCCCUCGCCGGCGCCCCCUCCGCCACCGGCGCCGCCAUCAUCGCCCCCACCAACCAGGAGGACUCCGUCACCGCGCAGCUCAAGAAUGGUGUUAGGGGCUUGAUGCUUGACACUUACGAUUUCAACAAUGAUGUCUGGCUGUGCCACUCAUUUGGUGGGAAAUGCUACAAUAUUACAGCAUUUCAACCUGCCAUCAAUGUCUUUAAAGAAAUCCAGACAUUCCUUGAAGCAAACCCUUCAGCAGUAAUCACGGUUUUCCUGGAAGACUACACUGUUGCAGGUUCCCUGCCAAAAGUAUUCAAUGCUUCCGGCCUGAUGAAGUAUUGGUUCCCGGUGGCAAAAAUGCCCAAGAGCGGUGGCAACUGGCCUUUGCUCAAGGACAUGAUCAGCCAGAAUGAGCGUCUGCUUGUCUUCGCAUCAAAGAAAGCAAAAGAAGCAAGCGAGGGGAUUCCGUUCGAGUGGAACUACGUCGUAGAAAGCCAAUAUGGCAAUGAGGGUAUGGUGGAGGGCAAGUGCCCAAAUCGCGGAGAGUCCCCUGCCAUGGAUUCCAAGAGCCAGUCGCUUGUUCUGAUGAACUUCUUCACGACGGACCCGAACCCCACCGGGGUUUGCGGGAACAAUUCAGCACCACUUGUUAGCAUGCUAAAGACCUGCCAUGAUCUGUCGGGCAAUCGGUGGCCCAACUACAUCGCCGUUGAUUACUACAUGAGGAGCGACGGCGGAGGCGCUCCCUUGGCCACCGAUGUGGCUAAUGGCCAUCUAGUAUGUGGCUGUGACAACAUUGCUUACUGCAAGGCCAACUCGACAUUCGGAACCUGCGUGAUACCUCCGCCCCCACCGCCGUCGCCGCCCAGGGCGCCGGCCAAGGGUACGAGCCCAGGCGGCGAUCCCAGUGCGGCGGUGGCUCGGCUUCCGGCCUUCCAGUGGAGCUGCUUCCUCGGACUGACGUCCCUGGCUCUGCUCUUCCUCUCGUAAGGGCGCUCUGCUUCAGUUAGGUGUGGCACUUGUGGUGCUUCUGCCAUCCUGAGCAGAAGUUUUCUACUUCAGUUUCAUUUGUUGGUCACGAGAUUGCUCGAGCUGUAAAUCAUCCCUUAGCUGGCAGAGAAGUUCCACCCGAUCAGUGAGUUGUAAAUCAAAUGUUUCAUUUUUGUUAUCCAGGGCAGAUCCUGUCUCGAUCAGAGUUCUGAUAUA